GUUUUGCGUGGUUUUGUCGGUUUUAUUUCUUCCUUUGUGAAUGAUGUAACUUACAAGAUUCGUCCAGCUGGUUUGGCAGCUUCAAGCCGCUUCCGCUGUUUUUCAUUUUAUGUAGUAUGUUUGCAUUGAGGGUUUUGAGUGAGUUGCUUGAGCGGCGUCUUGCAAGGAGGCGAGAGGGAAGUGGAAAGUUGGGGAGAAGGCGGCGACGUAGCCGGCGGUGCGAUGCGACCAAGAAAAGGCGAAGGCCAAGCCAGCCAAGCCGCUGAGCCGCGCGAGGAGCAACAAGAAAAGUUCUUUUCAAAGCGUGCGCGAAAAGAUGAUGAUGCUUCGUGGCCGUCUUGAUAAACCCGUCUAGGUGGGACCAUUAACUUGCGCUUCGUGCAUGCGCCUGUGAAGCGAGGCUCCGCUGGAAAGCUCUUGCUUGAGCAACGGAGAGGUGUUUGCAGACGAAAUUAGACUGGAAGAUGCAUUGAUCGUCGAAGCGGAAUCUUCCUGUCAAGCUCAAGGUUGUGGCAGUAUUAUGUCGUUCCUCGCGGUCGCUUGCGUGGCAUUUGCGCUACGGGUCGCCGCCGCUGCGGAGCAAUGUCCCAUCGCAGAGUGCAAAGAACGGGCCCCUAGUCUCACCCCCACUGGACAGUCGGUCCGAGUCUACGGACCAGGACUGCGCGGCAACUUUCGACUACCGGCCAGGUACUUCUUCGUGCAGGUCGUCGACGCCGAUGGUUCCAAUUUCACUACGUCUGCACCUGGAAACCUCAGCGUGAAUAUCUUGGGCACACAGAGCCACUGCAGUAUUUGGACCCAGGUGCUAAGCCGCGGGGAUGGCUUAUUCUUUGUCCGCUACAAGAUCUUCAGGACCUGCCCUGAAGCCAAAAUCGAGAUUGCAUAUAAGGGAUCUCCACUUCCUGAAUCUCCUAUCCUGCUCAGAGGCCCACUUCACCAUGACACCUGCAACUGUCCCAUUCCUUACAAUGAAUGGCUUGGCCAUCUGGAGUGCCGUGCUGUUGACCCCCAAAUACUGGCCGACCUCAGAGAUUUUGAGAAGGUGGACAUGAAGAAGGUGCUCCAAGAUGCACUCCAGAGAUUUGAUCGCCCUGGAUCCGUGAGCUUCUGCCACUAUGCGGUUGUGAAGAACCAGGUGUAUAGGAAAUGCUACGGCCAGCACGUCGGCUUCAACAUGUUCAUGGACCAGAUUCUACUCUCUCUUGCGAGAAAGGUUGUCCUCCCAGACGUGGAAAUGCUGGUGAAUUUGGGUGACUGGCCCCUGGAACGCAAGGACUACUGGGGGAAGCCGGUGCCCUUUUUCUCCUGGUGUGGCUCCAACAGCACCAGGGACAUUGUCAUGCCCACCUACGACCUUACCGAGUCGUCUCUCGAGAUGAUGGGCAGGGUGACGCUGGACAUGCUAUCAGUGCAAGGUCAUGGUGGUCCAGCCUGGAAGGACAAGGAACCAUCUGGGUUCUGGAGGGGCAGGGACAGCCGCCAGGAGCGUCUGGACCUGGUUGCGCUGUCGCGCCGCUACCCUGACCUGCUGAACGCUUCGCUCACAAACUUCUUCUUUUUCCGUGACAAGAUGGAAGAAUAUGGACCUCAGGCCAGCCAUAUCUCUUUCUUCGACUUCUUCAGGCACAAGUACCAAAUCAAUGUGGACGGCACGGUGGCAGCAUACCGUUUGCCCUACCUGCUGGCCGGUUCUGGUCUCGUCCUCAAGCAGGACUCCGAGUACUACGAGCACUUCUACCCACGCCUUGUGGCCAUGGAGCACUACGUGCCAUUUCGGAGAGAUUUGAGUGACCUGGUGCAGAAGCUCGACUGGGCUCGCAAAAACGACGAGCGUGCGCAGCGCAUUGUGAGGUCGGCUCAGCAGUUUGUUUUGGAUUACUUGCUGCCGCACCAUGUCCUGUGCUACUAUGCCCAGCUGUUGCAGGAGUACUCUCUUAGGCUCAUCAGGAAGGUCGACAUUCAUCAGACCAUGGAGCAUGUGCCUCAGCCACGCGACGAGUCCUCUUGUGCCUGCACCCAAGCUCAGGCUAGCCACGACGAGCUCUGAGGCAGCGUCUUGAGCACCUUCGGGAGGUGACUCUCACCAAGGUCAUCCCUUUUUCAAGUGACUGUUCCCAAGUGUCAGUCUCAACAAAAGAGCCAUACUUUCUUAGUGCAACUGGGUGCUGCUGCAUAGAUGCAUCAUUAAUUGUACUAGUAAUUAGUAAAGCCCUUAAUAGACUGCAAUUUUGUGGGAUGCGCAAAAAGCGAAGAGGCUUUUUGCGCACCUGUGUAAGACUAAUACUCUGACUUGCUGUGUCAUUAGCAUUUGCAACAUUUACAAAGGUAAUUAGGCAGUGCCAGCAGCUGUACCAAGAACCUCCUGACCAAAGGAUUGUUGUCCAAACAGGGACAUCACAAAGACAGCAUGUUGCACCAAUAGCGGUGUCCGUAUUAUACUGGGGGACAGGAUCCUUAGAAGCUCAGACACUCGCAGCUAUUUCAGUAAAUUGAUCUAAGCAAAGAAGGCAUUCAAAUUUAGCAUAGAGAGACAAACUUUGGCUGCAUAACGUCGGGGUGUUCACACCGACAUCAACAACAUUUAUAAACUGUCUACGUCUACCAGUUCCACUGUAGAUAUCUGGAUGACUUAUGGGCUUGCAGAGCUCUACUAAUACGGAGUAAGCAUUGUUAUUGUGGAUUCCUGCCUCAUGCUUCUUGUUCAGUAGGUGUUCAAAUGUGAGGCCAAUGUUCAGUUUCUUUCUAGAAAAGGCAAUUGGUACUGCUGUGCACACUGUACAAGUGUGGAACAUUGCAAUUCUGUCGCUUGCUUUGGAUUGUCGGAGUUGAGCAACGCUGGGCUAGUUAUAGGUUUUCUGCUUUAGCUGUUUUGGAGCAUAUAGGAGUAACUGAAGACUAGUUUUUUUGUCAGCAUUUCUGGUUCAUGUUGUUACAACCGGUGUGUUGUCCAGUGGUUUUUGAUUGUGCCAGUGGUGGCAGGCAUUAUAAGUAUGUGCUAUUGCUUUCAACUUAGCAACUCUACAACUUGAGCCAAAGAUAAAAAGUGUGGUGUUUUUGUGGAGCAUUUCAAAAGGGAGGGCCUUAGAGUUGCUGUUUUUGUAGCAACUUCUGUGAUAGUAGUUGAGCACUCCUUUUACAUAUGUUUGGUCACACUGUCUUUUUCCACCACCGAAACCUCUGUACUUCUAUUUUUUGAGGAUUGUGUGCAGUUUUAUGAGGCAGCUGGUCAUCUUGGGUUUACCUGUGCACUUUGUAGUAUUAUCUGAACUGCUGACAGUCUUCAGCUGCAGUGAUGUUUUCUUGAAGGCAUCCUACUUUCUAGGGAAGUGCUUAGCUUUAUGCAGUUUGUGUCGCAAUUCAGAGCAGUGAUUGUCCUGUCUGCAGUAUUAGCAACUCUCAUCAAAUACUCAUUGAACAGACCGUUCUGAGGAACUUUGCUUCAGUGCCAACCCAGCACUGGCCUAAAUCCAAGGAAUUCAUGGUUUUGCACUAGGAUCCUUAAAAACAUGCUCAACUUAUGCUAGGAUUGAAACUGCAUGUGAAGUGAAUUCGUACAGUAUUCAGCAGGAUGUAUUGGUGCCAGCUUCCUUUUCAGCUGACAUUAGGCACAUCAUUCAGCAAAUUUCUGCACCUCAGCACUUCUUGGCACAACUUUUUAAAGGUAACGAUAAAAAAAAAAAAAAAAAGGAAAUAUUUCAGAUUCCUUGGGCAUUUGGAUUUCAAUAAAAUUUGGAGCUAUAUCCCUUGAA